AUGUUUGCCAGUAGAAAACUAGUGGAGACGGCACUUGGCGAGGUGAAAAAGAAAUUCGUGAAGGUGGUGUCGGCCAAAUUGCCGUUCGACGGGCCCGAAUUCGAUUUGGUUCAGUACAGGUGUAGAAAUGUGUGUGUUUUGUCCGGAUUCACAAGAUUUUCUUUGAGAAAAAAAAUGCAACGUUCGUUUUGAUGAAAAUUUCACUUUUGACCGGAAAAUUUGCUAUUUCAACGGCAAACGAACGAUUUUUCAGCUAUUCGACAACACUGUGAUCGGCGGAAAAUACUCGCGGGCCUCGCUUUGCGUGGAUGCGACACGGGCGCUCCAGCCGCAUUUACGCGACGAAACACAAGAGUUGAAGGCUGUUUGUGAGGCGGCCGCCACAUUGGAAAUUGUACGUUUCGCGGAAAAUCGAAGUUCUGCCAGUUUUUGUGGCUUUUCUUAUGCUUUUCAUGACAAAUUGUUCAGAUCCAAAGUUUCUACCUGAUCGCCGACGACAUAAUGGACGGCUCGGAGAUGCGGCGCGGCAAACCGUGCUGGUACCGGCGCGAAGGCGUCGGAAUGUCGGCGAUCAACGACGCGUUUAUCAUGGACUCGUUCGUGGAGGACGUGCUGCGGAUCUCGCUACCCGGCCACGUCAACGUGGACCGUCUGUGCGAGGCGUACCGUCGAUCGAAGCAGAAAACGCUGAUCGGACAGGUGCUCGACACGUCGUCCGUCCACCAGAUCCGCUCGUUCACGUGGGACCGCUACGAGCUGAUGGUCGAGAAUAAGACGUCGCAUUACACGGUCUACCACCCGCUCCAGAUGGCCCUGCUCAUUUCGGACGUGCUCGCCUACCACGGCGCCGUCAAAAAGGCCGCCUAUCAGAUCGGAUUCCUGUUCCAGUCCCAGGAUGAUUUCCUGGACGUGUACGGCGAUCCGAAGGUGACCGGAAAGAUCGGAACGGACAUUCAGGACGGAAAGUGCACGUGGCUGGCCGUACGCGCGUUGCAAAAAAUGCAGACGGCGCAGAAGACGGCGCUUUUCGACGAGUUUGCCACAAAUUUCGGGUCGGCCGACACGGAAAAGGUUGAAAAAGUGAAGGCGAUUUAUGAGGAAUUGCAGUUGAGAGACGAGUUUCGACGAUUCGAGACGCACUUUUCACAAGAGGUAUUUUUUACAACCGUUUUCCUACAUUGCUCAUUUUUCAGAUCAAAAAGAGCAUUGCCGAAAUUCCGGAUGUGAUUGAACCGCUGCGGCCGGUGCUCGACGGAUUUGUGACGAAAUUGGUGAAAAGAAACGCCUGA